CAGUCCCGGUGUUGGAGCUGCACAUGCAGACAGCAGGUGCCUGCAGGAGGCCUCAGGGCUGGGUCCACAUUCUGGCAAACUCUUCUGCAGCUCCAGGGGUGCCGGAACCGGUCACUGCCAAAGACAUGGCCAUUCCUAGGGCGCGACAGUGCAGACGCAGCCGCCAGCCUCGCUGGGCGGCUCCUGGACUCCGCGGGGUCAGGAAGCAUCUGCUGAGUCGAGGCCCAUGCCCUCCUUGGAGCUGUCCUAGAACUGGCAGGAGGGGAACAUGGAGGAGACAAGCCUGAGGAAUCGGAGAGAAGAUGAGAAGUCCAUCCGGAGUAUCCAGAGUAAGGAACCCAAGACCACGAGUCUCCAGAAGGAGGUGGGCCUGCUCAGCGGCAUCUGCAUCAUCGUGGGCACCAUCAUCGGCUCUGGGAUCUUCAUCUCCCCCAAGUCUGUGCUCAGCAACACGGAAACCGUGGGGCCCUGUCUCAUCAUAUGGGCGGCCUGUGGGGUCCUCGCAACACUGGGUGCCCUGUGCUUUGCAGAGCUUGGCACGAUGAUCACCAAGUCGGGGGGCGAGUACCCUUACCUGAUGGAGGCCUUCGGGCCCAUCCCUGCCUACCUCUUCUCCUGGACCAGCCUGUUCGUCAUAAAGCCCACAUCCUUUGCCAUCAUCUGCCUCAGCUUUUCGGAGUAUGUCUGUGCGCCCUUCUAUUCGGGCUGCAAUCCCCCUCCGGUUGUCGUGAAAUGCCUGGCUGCCGCUGCCAUCUUGCUCAUCACCACGGUGAACUCGCUGAGCGUGCGGCUGGGGAGCUACGUCCAGAACGUGUUCACGGGGGCCAAGCUGGUGAUCGUGGCCAUCAUCAUCAUCAGCGGGCUGGUCCUCCUGGCCCAAGGGAACACAAGGAAUUUUGAGAAUUCUUUUGAGGGCACAAAACUGUCUGUGGGAGCCAUCAGUCUGGCAUUUUAUAAUGGACUCUGGGCGUACGAUGGAUGGAAUCAACUCAAUUACAUCACGGAAGAACUUAGAAACCCUUUCAGAAACCUGCCCUUGGCCAUCAUCAUCGGGAUCCCACUGGUGACAGGCUGCUACAUCCUCAUGAACGUUUCCUACUUCACCGUGAUGACUCCUACCGAGCUCCUGCAGUCCCAGGCGGUGGCUGUGACGUUCGGCGACCGCGUUCUCUACCCGGCCUCUUGGGUGGUUCCGCUGUUCGUGGCCUUUUCCACCAUUGGUGCCGCCAACGGGACUUGCUUUACGGCAGGCAGACUUGUGUACGUGGCGGGCCGGGAAGGCCACAUGCUUAAAGUGCUCUCCUACAUCAGCGUCAGGCGCCUGACUCCAGCCCCUGCCAUCAUCUUUUAUGGCAUCAUAGCAACUAUUUAUAUCAUCCCUGGUGACAUAAACUCAUUGGUCAAUUACUUCAGUUUUGCUGCAUGGCUGUUUUAUGGCCUGACGAUUCUGGGAUUGGUUGUCAUGAGGUUUACAAAGAAAGACCUGGAAAGGCCUAUCAAGGUGCCCAUUUUCAUCCCCAUCUUGGUGACUCUCGUCUCCGUGUUUUUGGUUUUGGCCCCAAUCAUCAGCGAACCCGCGUGGGAAUAUCUCUACUGUGUGCUAUUUAUACUCAGCGGCCUUAUAUUUUACUUCCUUUUUGUCCACUAUAAGUUUGGAUGGGCUCAGAAAAUCUUAAAGCCCAUCACCAUGCACCUUCAGAUGCUGAUGGAGGUCGUGCCGCCAGAGGAAGCUCCAGAGUAGCAAGCCCGGCCUCCCGGAGCCAAGUCCAAG